UCGAGAUCCUCGUACAAUGCCGAUGGCUGUUAGGUAGUUUCUACGAAUAUGCUCAUUAUUUGGACGUGAAAGACCUAGCUGUCUAGGCCUUCCGCCAAAAUGGGUUGCACUUUGAGUGCAGAAGAUAGGGCAGCCCUUGCACGGAGCAGAGCCAUCGAUAAAAACUUGAAAGCGGAGAGUGUUCGCGCGGAAAGAGAAGUGAAGUUGUUGUUACUUGGUGCAGGAGAAUCGGGGAAAAGCACUAUAGUAAAGCAAAUGAAAAUCAUCCAUGAUCAUGGUUUUACUGCAGAGGAUUACAGUCAAUAUAAGCCCCUGGUUUUCAGUAAUGCGAUCUACUCUCUACUAAAAAUUAUUCGAGCGAUGGACAAACUGCGGAUAGACUUCGAAACAGACGAGAGACUUAUGGACGCCAAAAUGGUUUUCGAUGUGGUGGCCAGGGCGGACGAUCAGGAACCGUUCACGCCCGAGUUAACAGCAGCAAUGAAACGGUUGUGGCAAGACGGAGGAAUAAAACAGUGUUUCCGGAGAUCUAGAGAAUAUCAACUGAACGACUCUGCCAGAUAUUAUUUAGAUGCAAUAGAAAGAAUUGGAGCUGAAAAUUAUGAACCCACGGCACAGGAUCUCUUACGGACGAGGGUAAAAACCACCGGCAUUGUUGAAAUCCAGUUUGAUUUCAAGAGGCUCCAUUUUAAAUUGUUUGAUGUAGGAGGUCAGAGAUCUGAGCGCAAAAAAUGGAUUCAUUGCUUUGAAGAUGUCACAGCUAUAAUAUACUGUGUUGCAUUGAGUGCAUAUGACUUGACACUGCAGGAAGAUGAAACCACAAACCGAAUGGAAGAGAGUUUAAAAUUGUUUGAGUCGAUAGUGAACAACAGAUGGUUUGUUGAAACUUCAGUUAUACUCUUCCUUAACAAAAAGGAUUUAUUUGAAGAAAAAAUUUCUACUUCUCCACUCACAAUAUGUUUUCCAGAUUAUUCAGGGCCAAACACAUAUGAAGCUGGCUGCCUUUACAUUAGGAAACAAUUUGAGGCCAAAAACUUGAACGAUGAAAAAGAAAUAUAUGUUCAUCUUACAUGUGCAACAGACACGGACAAUAUCACUUUUGUAUUUAAUGCAGUUACUGAUACAAUUAUUGCAAAUAACCUCAAAGGAUGUGGAUUAUACUAAACUGAUUAGUAUGGCUGUCAGCUUCUAAAGAAUCAUCACCGCGGGAAAGAUGUUGAGUGCUGGAAUUCAGAGAGGAAUGGUUAUUGAGUGAAUUUUGCUAAGAUGGUAACUGCUGUAACAAGUGCAACUCCUAUUACAUCAGAAAGAGAUUAACCUUCUAUAAACAGAGCAAAUCAUUCACAAGACAACAGGAAAACAGUCAUGUUCCAACCUAGUAGAAGACAAGCAUCUUGCAGGAUGAGAACUACUUUUGCAUCUGGAUUAUAAAAUUAUCUGCAAGGUCGUAUACGUUAUACCACUACUUCUCAUGAUAAUCUACAGUUCAUUUGGGAGAUGAAGUAGAAAACCCUCUUCCAACUGCAUCUUAUUACUGUACUCACAAUUAAAAGUAUGACUGAAAAUAUUCAUGAAUUUUUUUUUAUUUUUGAUUGAAAUUUUUAUUCAUGCCACAGUGUACACUGUAAACUAAACAACAAGUGCUUGACUACCUACUUUUAAACCCAUCCCUUAGAUCCAUGGAUUUCCAUUCUGGUUGGUUUUUGAUUUGAUUAAAUGCCUGAUAAAGUGGAAUAUUAAGAAUGAUAGGUUAUCUAUGUAGGAUGCAACAAUAAUUAUUAUCACCAUUAUUAUUAUUUUUAUUAUUAUUACUGUUAUUAUUAUUGUUGUUAUUAUUAUAAUUAUUGUAGCUUGCAGAUUUAACUUUGGUACCAGUAAUUAAUUUUGGAACACAAUCUUGAGGCUCCUGUGAGAAUAAUAUAGACUGGAAAAAUAGA